GAUCAGAGGGAAGCAAAACAAAUAUAAUAAAGCGAAAGAGAGAGAGAGAGAGAGAGAGAGAGAAGAAAUUAAGAUGGGGAGAUCUCCUUGCUGCGAUGAGAAUGGCCUCAAAAAAGGACCCUGGACCCCUGAAGAAGAUCAAAAACUUGUUGACUACAUCCAAAAACAUGGCCAUAGAAGUUGGCGAGCUCUCCCAAGGCUUGCAGGCCUUAACAGAUGUGGCAAGAGCUGUAGGUUAAGGUGGACAAAUUACUUGAGGCCUGAUAUCAAGAGAGGGAAAUUUUCUCAAGAAGAAGAGCAAACAAUUCUAAACCUCCAUUCUGUUCUUGGAAACAAAUGGUCAGCCAUUGCCAGUCACCUCCCAGGCCGGACAGAUAAUGAGAUCAAGAAUUUUUGGAACACCCAUUUGAAGAAAAAGCUGAUUCAGAUGGGUUUUGAUCCAAUGACACACCAACCAAGAACUGACAUAUUUGCCAGCUUGCCUCAUCUCAUGGCCUUAUUGAACCUGAAAGACUUUAUGGACCAGCAUCCAUUAGACGAACAUGCCAUGAGAUUACAGGCAGAAGCUGUCCAGUUAGCUAAACUUCAAUAUUUACAGUAUCUUCUCCAAUCAGCAACUUCAAUCCCCUCUAACUCUUAUGGCCAAAAUGGCAUUACAGACAUGGAGAUUCUGAAUUUGUUGAAUCAAAUUCCUGCAAUGAAAGAAACCCCAUUAUUAAAUUCAUCACAGCUGGAGAAUCCAGCCUCAUCAUAUCCCUUUGGACUUGCUACCUCUCAACCACUUCACUAUUCAAAUCUAUUACCUCAAUUGUCUGACCCACAAGUCCCUUUCAACUAUCAACCAUCUUUGAAUAGUGAAAUGGGCCAAGCUGCAGCCUUAACUACAAUGUUUAACGAAGGAGAUAAUAAUAACCCAUCUGAUUCUUCGUGGGUUCUUCCAUCUCCUACGCCUUCCCUUCCUCCAACUAUAACAGAGACAAUAAGCAAUCCAGGUGAUGCUAGCAGCACCACUUCUAGUUAUGGUGGAGGAACUUCUUCCUACUGGUCUGAAUUCUUUCUUGACGAUUCUAUCAUGCAGGAAAUUUCCUAGUUACUGAUUAA